AAGCAAGAACCAAGAUGUCUUCCUCCUCUGUUGUACCAGUGGUUUUAUGGGGAAGCACGCCUCCAUCACACUGUAUCUCGUGUAUUAUAACAACUUAUGAUCAGAAAACUGUCGUCACAGGAUCAACAGACGGACAGCUGGGGAUCUGGGACUUACGAUUCGUGGAACAUGGAGAGAUCAAAGUCAUACCUAGGAACCUUAUAUUUGCUCAUUCAGCAAAAGUCACAGCACUGGCUAAAGCUACAGAUGGAUGGGACAAUCAGUCCAGUGUUAUAAGUGCAGCUGACAAUGGAGAGCUGUGCUUGUGGGACACAGAUGAUGGAAUCUGCAUUCAAGCAAAUGUCAUUCCAGGAACACAUUUGGCUCUAUUGUCUUUCCAUGUUAGCAUUGGCACAGGGAAAGAAUGGCGUGUUGUGUGUUAUGGCAGCUAUUCUGAUAUUCAUGUCCUGGAUGCUCUGUCUCUUGAGAUUUUGUACACUCUACGUUCUCCAUCAGCCCCCAAUUGGAUCAGUUCAGCAUGUGUCGUGAGACCUGCAAGAAGACCAGAUGAUGUUGUUGUUGCAGUCUCCUUGUCUGGUAUGCUCAAUAUUUGGAUGUUGAAGCCAAAUGUGGAGUCCAAGUACAAUGAACCCACAUUUGAACAAGAAUUGAGCCAAGUUGCCAACAGCAAGGCUGCAGGGAUCUGUUGUAAUCCUUUCACUCAGCGCACCAUUCUUGUGGUCUGUGCAAAAGAGUGGCUGAUGUACGAUGCGGGUGAUUUCAAAUUUCUAACAACCGUUGCCAGUCCUCCUGGCCAAAACUGGAUGGGUGGAGACUUUGUAGCUGCAGACUUUGUACUAGUAUGGAGUAGAGAUGGGAAGAGCUACCUGUUCAAGCUUCCUGCUUCAUGUUGUCCAGGUUUUCAAGACCAGUGGAAAGGUGAUCCUAUCAAGGAGCCAAAAAUCAUUCAGGUGUUUGAAGAUUCACAUGAUCAGAGCGCUGCCUCAGACUCUGACCCAGCCAUGUUUUUCUCUUAUGGUCGAAGAGGACCUUUCUACAAGCUGUUGUUGAAAGGCAGAUCAGAUGGAAGUGUCAAUGUUUGGAAACUAACCGACGAUAUCUUCACGUCAACAAAAUCUCGAGAUGCUAGCUCAAAGGGUACGCAUCCUGUGGUAUCCUGCAGUUACGCUGACUGCUGGGAGACAACUCUGAAGCCCUGUGGUCUUAUCGACUCUCUGGAUGAUGGCGGACGAACUACCCCCCUGAGUGCUUCGCUUUAUUUACCUACGCAAGACUGUAUUGUGUGUGGCCGUGAGGAUGGUUCCAUUGUUAUAAUAUCAGCAGCAAAAGCAGCGAUAGCUCAGCUGCUUCAGCCCCCAGGCUCAGGAUGGCCUGUGCACAGGGUGCUGUUAGGGCACAGAGGCCGAGUGACCUGUCUCCUGUACCCACACGAUGAGUAUCCUCGAUAUGACAGGGAAUUUCUAGUGUCAGGAGGAGCUGACUUUUCUGUCAAACUGUGGGACAUUUUUACUGGGGACCUAUUGUAUACGUUUUCUACCCAUGGAGGAGAAUUGCUGCGACUAAUCUGUACUCCACCCGAGUGCAGUAAUCGCGUCCAGUACUGUAUCUGUUCUGUAGCCCAGGACCACUCGGUUGCGUUGUUAGGACUUCGCGAGCGUAAGUGCAUCAUGUUGGCCUCGCUUCACGAAUUUCCCGUGGAGACAAUAAAGUGGCGGGCGUUGGAUGAUUUUUUGGUGGUAGGCUGUACUGACGGCUCGGUGUAUGUAUGGCAGAUGGAAACAGGUCACCUCGACCGGUGUGCAAAUGGCCAGGUUGCUUUGAACAUCUUAUCUGCGUGCGACGAAGAGAAGAAGUGUCCUUCGUCUAGUGUUCCUUCCAAGUCGAAGAGUUCUCUGGGAAGAAAGAUCAGCCACAUCACAUCAAACCUUCAGACGAGCGCAGCUUCCGCUGCAGUGAAGAAACUCAGGCGAAGCAUCAACCAACAAGCAGCGGCUAGUCCAUCUUCUUCCUCAAAACUAUCUAGUGACGGUUAUGGCGAGGUUUUUGCCGGUGGUCCACUGAAAGUGAUGUCUACCAAGUGUGGGAGCCGAGAUCCAGAAAUACAAGUGCUUAUGUUUGAUAUAGAGGCGCUGAUAUGUAAUUUAUUAACUGAAGAAAACCCACAGCUUGCUGCUAAAUUGUCCAGCAAAGGUGACGUAUCGAAGACAGCCGUAGGAGGGAGAAGAAGAAAACGAGAUUCGCUAACAACUCAGCAAACGAGGAGCGAUGCAACUCAAAAAUUUACGCACCAAAACCCCAAGAAAUCGUUAGUUACAAAUGAAACACAUUAUGUAGCCCAACUCAUGAUCUCGUGUCUACACUCCUGGGAUCUGGACCCUAACAUGGAUGAGGUGUGUGUUGAGAGACUGGGUCUCCUCAAACCAGUCAAACCAGUUUCGUUUGGACUGCUAACUCGAGGAAACAGGCUUUCAUUGAUGCUGCCGGGAUGGUGUGGAGAAGCCGGGGAAGGAAGAGAAAGUGAUGCUGAAACUGCUUUAAAAAGACUUUCUCCUGAUAAAGCCAUUUUUACUGAGUUUGAAAUAACAAAGAGAGAAAAUGAGAAAUCGAAUUUGUCUUCCGAUCCAAACAUUGCGUCAGCUUUAAAGACUUGCUUUCAGUCACGCUGGCAACUUUCCUCGGCUUUGACAACUCUGCAUCUUGUGGGACUUGUAUCCGUCGCUAACACGCUAAUGAGCAUGAACCAGAUCAGUUUUGUUCCUCAGGAAAAGCGGCUUGCUCUCGUAACGAACACAGAUCAUGACAUUCCUCCCAUCUCAUCGAGUUAUGCCGAGAACGAACAACCUCCUGGUUUAAGUGAGACGGAAGUGCAACUUGCCAUGAAUCACCGUGCACAUAUCAAAGCCGGGUGGAGUCAGCUUGCUGCACUGCACUGUUGUCUGUUGGCUGACAUUCUGAAGAUUUCCUCCUAUAAGCCACCGCUUCUGCAUAUUCUAGCAAGGAGAUGGCAAGAUCGAUGUCUUGAGGUUCGUGAAGCGGCACAGGCUAUUCUAUUAGCCGAACUGCGUAGGAUUGGGUCCGAGGGUCGUAAGCAAGUGGUGGAUACAUGGGCCCCUCAGCUACCAAAGUCGCUUGAACAGUCGGGAGGGACUGAGGACAAAGCUGAGAAGUCUGAUCCUGCACCCUCCCCUACCACUUCUAUUUUGGGGUUUGAACGCAGUGUAGACGUCCAAAACGUUGAAGACGAGGUCCUGUUCCCAACCGAAGACGUCAGCACUGUCUUAACCAGCGUUAAGAAGUUGCUUCAAUAUGACAUGCGCCGUCGACAGGCAACCGCCAUCGUGCUCAUGGGAGUGAUAGGCGCAGAAUUUCAGCGUGAAAUUGAAGUAUAUUCGAGUCGUGAGCGCGACGGUGAAAAAAAACAGAGCACAAGCUCGCGAAGAUUAGAAAAACUGAGUGAAACUCCAGGUGGUGAAGUUAUCAUGGAUUACACUACAGUACGUCUCACUGGUAAAGCUCUUAUGUAUCUCUUACUCAAACCCCCUUCGUCCCAACUUACGGCACACACGUCAGUCAGACGAGCAGCCAUUGAUCUGAUUGGUCGGGGGUUUACUCUUUGGGAGCCAUAUAUGGACGUUUCAGCUGUCUUGAUAGCGUUGUUAGAACUCUCGGCGGACAGCAAGAACCGAGAUCUCACAUUCAGGAAAGGUUUACCAUUGUCGCCGUCAGCAGAUACUCAUCGAUCAGCGAGGCAUGGGCUGUCACUGAUUGCUACAGCACGACCUGCGGUCUUCAUAGCGACCAUUGCGAAGGAGGUGGCUCGCAGUGUUUCAGCGGCUUCUUCUAUCUCCUUUAAUCAACCUUCUCCAGCAGCCAUUGCGGUGUACAGCCAUGUUCGUCACCAGCCCUCUCAGAAUGCAGAGGCUCAGAGCACGUCCAUAUUGAACAGAGCUAAGCACGAGAUACUGCGGAUAAUUGACCUCAUGGUUGAAAAGACACAACAAGAAGUUGUAGAUCUUUUAACAGAUGUUGUCGACAUUGUUGUUUACUGUUUGGAUCAGAGACAACUCAAAGAGAAAGGAAUGACUGAAUUAUUCCCUGGACUAUGUCGGUUCAACAUGGUGAGUUACUCACCCCAGUCCCGCCGCCUUGCAGUUGGAGCGAAGAAUGGUCAGUUAGCUUUGUAUGAUCUGCGGUCGUCGCGCUGUCAGAUGGUUUCAGCUCAUUCUUCUCAAGUAACAGCCCUGUCUUUUUCGCCUGACGAUCGCGUACUUGCUUCAUACAGCUUCGGAGACUCCAAAAUUUGUUUCUGGCAGACUGGCUCGUCAUUGUUCGGUAUGCUGGGAUCAUCUCUCCGAUGUGUCCGUUCCUACACCACAGUCUCUCCGUCUCCAAAAAUGUCUCCUGCUCUGCUAAAACUCAUACGACUUGUUUGGAUUAAUCAUAAAAAUGUUAUUCUGCUUAUGGCUGAUGGGACAGAAUACAAAUAUUCUGUAUAGAGAACUACAAUGUGUAAUCACCCACGGAAUAACAUUACUGCCUGUCUAUGUUAAAGUAAAUCAAUAAGAACCCAAAAUUUCAAACUAAGCUUUCUCAGGACAAGUCCGUUUGACGCCUGUGCGUAACCACACUUUCACUGUACUCUUUUUUUCCUUUUUCCUUUUUUUUCACCCGAGCCUUCGUUACGAUGUGGUCAUCUCAAUAAAUAAAGUUUCUCAUUUGCAUGCAGUUUAUGUAUUUGCCAUCCUCAACUGGCAUCCUUUUUCGGUUUCGGUGUUUACUUUUUUCCUAACCUUUUUUCGACAGUUUGGAACCCUGGCAAGUCACUUUAUCAAGGGUUUAAGAUUACCCAAGUUGUGAACUUUCAUAUCGGAUAACUUAUUUCUAGGCCUUAAUUUCCAAGUGAAGACAACUCUCCAAGGCAAUUAGAAUAAUGUUGAAUAAAGCUAGCUUCUCUGAACCACAGUGGUUGGAGCUGGGUGAAACUGAAGCAAGUGUUUACUUACCUUGAAUAAAUAAAUUGAAUAAAUAAUGAAUAAAUAAGCCAGUCUUUCUGUCACUGGUUUGUGUCCUAAACUAUAUAUUAAUUUAAACAUGAAACUGAAAAUAAAGGAACUUUUAUGAGAGAA